UAAGGAGGCGACGCUACGUCCGGCGGACUAUAUAUACGUGAGGCGCACGCAUGGUUCUCUCUCUUUCCUUCAUGCAGUGGAGCAGGUUGGCGGAGUAACGCCCAACAUCCAUUAGACAUCGAGGAUGGCCGAGGAAGGCAUUUCUGCUGGAGGUGUAAUGGAUAUCAACACCGCUCUUCAAGAAGUGCUGAAGACCGCACUUAUACACGAUGGCCUGGCCCGUGGGAUUCGUGAAGCUGCCAAGGCCCUUGAUAAACGCCAAGCUCACCUGUGCGUCCUGGCUUCCAACUGUGAUGAGCCAAUGUACGUGAAACUAGUCGAGGCUUUGUGUGCAGAGCAUCAGAUCAAUCUCAUCAAGGUUGACGACAGCAAGAAGCUAGGCGAAUGGGUGGGUCUCUGUAAAAUCGACAGAGAAGGCAAGCCCCGUAAGGUGGUUGGCUGCAGCUGUGUGGUUGUCAAGGACUAUGGCAAGGAAUCCCAGGCCAAGGAUGUUAUUGAAGAAUACUUUAAGUGCAAGAAAUGAACAUCUGAAUAAAAGCUUUGAACUUGA